AUGUCAUGCAACUACUCGCUUCACAAAUUAUGUGCAGAUUUAUCAACAGCUUUACAAUUCUCUGCCCAUCCGAGUCAUACUCUUUUUCUAAAAAAAGUGACAACUAAUUGGCGGUGUGAUGAUUGUUUCACAGAUCAUGAAGAUGGCCUGUGUUAUCAUUGUUCUACAUGCAACUAUGUAAUCGAUCUACGUUGUGCUACAAUUGUAGAGCAAAAGACGAUCCAUCACCCUGGCCAUCCACACCCAUUAGUAUCUGAUCUAGCGAACACUGCUUUAUGUAGAUGUUCCGCUUGCGGAUCAGAACAUGAAGGAGACUUCUAUAACUGCACCACUUGUUUCAACUUUUCAAUCAACUCGGAUUGUUUGUCCCAUCCAAUCAAGUUAUUAGUUAAAUCUCAUGGUUCUCACAUGCUCACUCUUUCUUAUCCUUCAUCAGAUCAACCACAUGGUUAUGAAUGCAGGAUUUGUGAAAGAGAAAUAAAUAACGAAUUUUGGCUUUACAAAUGCAGCAAAUGCAUGUUCUACGUCCACCUAGAUUGUGCAACACAAGAUCGACAACUAUUAUCAGGUAAUUAUGUACCCCCAGAAAAUAGUUCUUCUGAUUAUCAUGCUCCGUGUAACUUUCCACUCCCUGAUGAAGCUUACAACAUAUUACCAAGUCAUAUUCCUGAAUGGAAGACUUCUCGCUAUUUUGAUCAAGCUAAAAAUCAAAAUAGCCCCCUCCAACAUUUCAGCCAUAAGCAUCCACUAGAAUUGCUAAUUUCAGAUGUGAAGUUAACGUCUCUUCAUAAUCCAAUGAACAGGGUUAAAGUAUUAUGCAAUGUAUGUGUCAGGCCAAUCACGACGACACCAUUUUACAGGUGCUCACAAGAAAAUGAGUGUUCUAACUUUGUUCUUCAUGAAUGGUGUGCUCGGCUACGUACUGAAGUGCAAGUGGAUCCACACAUCCACCCGCAUACACUUGUUCUUAGGCAGAGUGAUUCUAUGUUUUUCUGCAAGAUUUGUGGUUUGCCUUGCAAUGGGUUUGCAUAUGGUUGUGACACAUGUAGAUACUACGUUGAUGUUAACUGUGCGCUCGCACCUUACUAUAUAAUACACGAAGCCCAUCCACGACACAAACUUUUAAGAAUAGUUGUUUCAUCAUGGUCUCCUAAGAUGUUAGUAGAGAAACAUCAUGCCUGUCGUGCUUGUCGUAACAUCAUUGAUAGAGGCGAUAUCUUUUAUAAGUGUGGAGUUCCAGGUUGUGAUUUCUCAUUGGAUUUGUUAUGUGCUUUGCGUUUGCCAAAGACAAUUAGGAAUAAGUGUGACAAACACUUCUUUAAGCUAAGUUAUUCCCCAAUUGAGAACCAUAGGGGUGAAUACUUCUGUGAAGUUUGUGAGGAGGAACUUAAUCCCGAUAAAUGGUUCUACCAUUGUUCACAAUGUGUCUUCUCAGUACAUUCUGCUUGUUCCCCGUUAAUACUUCAGUCUGAACAAGAUGUGAAUUCUUCCCAGGAGGAGAUCGUUUAUAGGUUUAUAAAUAUGAAGUUUGACGGUGUACAUCAGAUUGAAGAUCACGAGCAUUCUUUGUCAUUUGUUGCGGGAACUAAAAGUGAUGGCAAUUGCUCUAAAUGCAGCCUUGAAUUGCAAUCCAAAAUCAUAUUCAAGUGUUUGCAGUGUAAUUUUGCUAUCCAUAAUUAUUGUGACCCUUCUAUUACAGAUCAUCUGAAGGAAGAACUUGUGGAAAUGUUUGAGAAUCUUGAAGAAAAACGUGAGCCUAAGAUGAAGCCUCAACCUCAAAGAGUUGUAACUUUUUAUCCAAAAAAAGUUGCAAGACCCAAGACCAGAUAAUGUACAGGUCUUAAUAUUUGGUUUAAAAUUUUAUGGAGUAUCAAAUAUGUAGCAUCAUUAUAUAUUGUACUUUUAUCUUUCUUAAUAAUGUAAGCAAUACUAUGAAUGUACCUUUAGACA